CCGCAACCGAGCACGGUUUAUUUCAAGUACUUCUGCCUUCACUCUGCUAGUUAGCUAGCUGCUGCAACUGUGACAAACGAGUUGUGGAGCACAACUGUUAAGGGCAGACAGCUGCGGAAAUGAAAGGUGCGUUCCCCGGCCAUAAGUAGCAGUGAUGGAUGGAGAAACACAAAGGGCAGCUGUGUCGUGGGAAAAUGGUACUCUGGCCCCCUUUGACCGCCUUCGCAACCAGAGGGCAGACAGCCCCACGCCGGGUCUGGUGGAGGGAACCGAGCCAGGUGCCGGACAGGAGAGCGCCAUGUUCGUCCAUACUCAGUCCUUUGAGGACCUGACUGCUGACACUGAGGAAGAGAGCCUGAGUGCAGCUGAGCUGGACGAGCCCGACGGCCAGUGCGCAGAGGAGCUCCAGGUGCUGGUUGGGGACAAAGCCGUAGACGAGCAGCACUCGGAGAGUAGGCCCAAGGAGGAGGACGUGACUAGCGAGGCGUGGCGGAGUCACAGAAAACACGUGUUCGUGUUGAGCGAAGCGGGAAAGCCGAUCUACACCCGCUACGGCACGGAGGAAGCUCUGUCGAGCACCAUGGGCGUGAUGAUGGCCCUCGUUUCCUUCGUGGAGGCUGAGAAAAACAUCAUCCGCUCCAUCCACGCAGAUGGGUGCAAAGUGGUUUUCCUCACCAAGAGUCCUCUGGUCCUGGUGGGCGUGUCCCGGACCUGUCAGUCGGACAAGGAGCUGCUGCGGGAGCUGCAGUACAUCUACUACCAGAUCGUGAGCCUGCUCACCCUCACCCAGCUCAACCACAUCUUCCAGCACAAGCAGAACUACGACCUGCGCCGCCUGCUGGCCGGCUCCGAGUAUCUCACAGACAACCUGCUGCACCGGCUGGACCGAGACCCCGGCCUGCUGCUCAGCGCCGUCACCUGCCUGCCGCUCGCCAGCUCCGCCCGGGACGUGGUCUCGUCGAGCCUGCAGGCCGCCAAGUCCAAAAGCCUGGUCUUCUCCAUCCUGCUGGCCGGCGACCGCCUGGUCACCCUGGUCCGAAAGAAGGACCAGUUCCUGCACCACAUAGACUUGCACCUCGUGUUCAACCUCGUCGGCUCGUCCUCGUCCUUCAGGGAGGGCGAGGGCUGGACGCCCAUCUGCCUGCCAAAGUUCAACACCGCGGGAUUUUUCCACGCCCACAUUUCUUACCUGGAGCCCGCGUCCGAGCUCUGCCUCAUCCUGGUCUCCACCGACCGAGAGGACUUUUUUAACAUGUCUGACUGCAAGAAGCGCUUCCUGGAGAGGCUGAGUAAGCGCAGCGCCUACCAGGCCCUGAAGGAGGCGCUCAAGGGUCCCAGCUACUCCGUAGCACAGGUCGCCAUCCCGGAGCUCAGGCACUUCCUGUACAAAUCAAAGAGCUCAGGGCUGUAUACCUGUCCGGAGUAUCCGCCGGUGUACCAGUCUGAUGAGGAGCAGGAAAGACUGAUGGGCUUGUACCAAGACCUCCACAGCUGCUUGCACCAUCCCACCAGACCCCUCCGCUUCCUUUACCGCUGCAGUGAAAGUGAAAACCUACUGGCAUGGGUGACCAGCGGCUUCGAGCUCUACCUCUGCUUCAGCCCGCUGGCGACCAAGGCCUUGGCGGUUUCUGCUGUCAGCAAGCUGCUGAAGUGGAUCAGGAAGGAGGAGGAUCGCCUCUUCAUCCUAAGCCAUCUCACCUACUGAGCCCUCGCUGCCGGCUGACCUGCAGGCGCAGGAGGCGGUGACCGGAUCACGGACUGGCCUGGUGCUAAGAGCAGCGGAGGAUGAGGCUGGAGUCCUGUCGAUGUUUAGUAACGAUGGUCAGCUAUGCAUUUCUUGCUUGUGGGAUCGCCUGAUGUAAUUCCCACAUAAAGUAGGCUGUGCAAUAUAAACUAAAGCAGUAUUUUAGCUGGCUGCAUUUUUUAAUUUAACUUUUAAUCAAACAGCAGAUGGAAGAAACGUCAGCACUGCUGGCAUUCUUUUAUAAAUUAUUUUUUUUUUUUUUACUGUAACAGAGCUAUUAAUGCAUCUCCUAAUUCGUCAAAUGCUGUAUCUCCUUUUUUAGUACGAUGAAAUCAUUUUGAAAAAUAUUAAGAGCCUAAUCAACUGUAAAUGUAAAGCUGCAGUAGAAUGCACUCUCUCUUCUUAUGAGACCUGCUGGCAAAACAUGGGCUCUCAUGACAUUCCUGUUGUGCUUUCAAGACCGUAUGGACCAUUGUCAUAUUACCUCUAUGCACUUUGAAUCACUCCAGAUGGAAGACCGUAGCCCGUUGACUGCUGUCAGUAAUUUGCGGUAUUACGUUCGUAAUGCCAGUGUAGAGAAAUCUGAAUGCAAGCCAAUGACUCCUCCAUCCUCAAUCCUCGAUUAACGUUUCCGUUUUGUUGUUUGUUUGACAUAAUGCACACAUUGAUUACGCAGUGUGUUUAAUGGCGAUGCUUUGAUGUGAUUAAAUCAUCCUGCUUUGCUUAACGGAGUCCAGCAUUGUGCCACCACUAAUCACGCCUUAACCAAUACGCCUUUACGUUGGCAGCACAAUUAUUCCAUCUAAAGAAAUAAAUGACUGACAAACAGA